UUACCCAAUAACAUAAUAUUUACUUAUUUAUACUGGCGCUAAUUUAUUUACAAUGGAGGGACUAAACGAUGACUGCGUGUGUAACAUACUGGAGUUCCUGCCACUCGUGGAGCAGAUCAAGAUGGCCAGGCUGGCGCCGCGGUUCCAGGAGCUCCUCUGCCUAAUUGUGUGGCGAAAGCCGCGCUACCGGAAGGUUUCCGUGUCCGAUUCCAUGCUGGAACCUCUGAGUAAGGAGGACUACAUAUAUUUCUUCGAACUGACGAGCCCUGCAAUGGAGGAGCUGUAUAUUUGGAACGUGCACAAGAAGGCGUUCGACUCGUACUUGGGUCGCCAUCUGAUGCGACCCGAAUUGGCCUUCUAUCUGCGCAGGGAUUACAGCAAUCUCCGGGAGCUCUGCAUUGCGGAUGAGAACAUGAACAAUGGCAUGAUAAGCACGAUAGCUAAGAGCUGUCGCCAGCUGCGUAGCCUAAGCGUGUCCAGUGCGUACAUCACGGGAAAGUACCUCACUGGACUCUCCAAUUUAGAAACCCUAGUGGCACCCGAAUGCUCCGUGGAGCUGCCCCUUCUUACAGAGUUGCUGGAACAAGUUCCUCUGAAGCAUCUGGACCUCACCUCAAAUCGAUAUCCCGUAGAGGAGACUAUACUGCAGACGGAGGGAAGCAAACGACUAGAGCGACUUGGCCUAUCUGAUGCCCAAGACUACGGCUUUCCAAUGGCCGAUAGUCUGCCUCAACUGAACACGCUGGUGGUGAGCUACCACAAGGUAAGCACCCAGAAACAACUAGUCAUGCUGGAGACAACGCGCCAGCGUGUGGAGCGAGCCUCGAGAAAAUUUCCCCGGCGCCUGCAGUCGAUCUUGUGCAAUGUGGUGGAUGUGGAGGUGGCCCUCGAGCAGAUUGCAGGCCUUGAGAAACGCCAUCCCAGGGACACCCCAAAGUUCAAUGAGCUUCUGAAGAUCAUGUACUUCUUGUCCAAUCCGCAGGGCGGAGAUAAGAAAUCACCUUGAGAUGGUCAUGGAUCUUCCUCGGAGAUGCCCCCCCACAUUUGCCCUUGUAAAUACAUAGAUAGGUACUAGACGUCACCCAAGUGACAAGUGGAACUGAUAUGAUUAUCUGCUACUAGCUGCUCCCCAUGGUAAUUAUGUGUCUUCUCAGAUAAGGCUCGUUUGUUUGGUUAUUUUGUUUGUUUACCAAUAAUUUUUCGGCGCCAUGUCCAAACACUUCUAUCGCUUUUGAAAUGUACACCGAAAUUAUGUGUACGCUACCCUGGAAGAUGGCAUUAAACUUUAGCACAGAUGCAAUAUUACGUAUUUUGAGAUUAUAUUCACCAUCGUGCCUAAAAGUGUUAAAUCCAGUUUUUGCUACCUUUCUGCCAAUUUGAAAUUAAUUGAAUUAGUUUUCUAUAAGGCCGUUUUCUGCACAUUUAUUAUUUUAGUAGAACAUUUGACAAUAUCUUUAAUUUAAUGUUAUUCUUACGUUCCCUGUUGAAAGUUUUAUUUAUCGAUACAAGGGUGUCCACAAUUUCAGUGGUUGCGGUGGUCACCAAAAGAAUGCAUUGAUUAAAUGCUUUGCUCAUGCAUAUUUGUGCCACUUUGUUAUUUCAUUCAAUCGGAUGAAGCUGUGAUAAAAUGAACCAAAUAUUCCAUUGACUUGUUAGACCCCCUCCUAAUUGAUACAUAUAUGUACAUCAAUUAGGACCCAAUUGUCAUACUCUGCAAGUUCCCUUUCCUCUUUUGUCGGCACAAUUUUCCCAUGAAUACGAGGUAUAUUGUUGUUUAAAUUUGUACCACUAGCUUUGUAUUAUUUCGUUGAUGUAAUAAAAUACAAAUUGAAAAACUUUA